UCAUCAGAUGGUGUUAAAGUUGGCUCUUUCUUCCAUUUUGGUUUUGCGACAGAAUCCCAAUUGCCAUCUCCUAUCCUCCGCAACAAUGGCGAAUCCUACGAGCAGCCUUCCAAGCAAAGCGUCUAUUACUCACGUCAUAUUUGACAUGGACGGCCUCUUGCUCGACACAGAGAAAUUCUAUACUGAAGUCCAGGAGAUUAUACUUGCAAGAUACAAUAAAACUUUUGACUGGUCUCUGAAGGCGAAAAUGAUGGGAAAGAAAGCAAUAGAAGCAGCUCAUGUCUUUGUUGAAGAGACUGGAAUAAGUGAAUUGCUUUCAGCUGAGGACUUUCUCACAGAAAGAGAGGAUAUGUUGCAGAGCCUGUUUCCAACAAGUGAGCUAAUGCCAGGGGCAAGCCGCUUAAUCAGACACCUCCAUGCAAGUGGAAUACCAAUUUGUUUGGCAACUGGCUCUCACAGACGGCACUUCGAACUGAAAACACAAAGACAUCGUGAGCUUUUCUCAUUGAUGCAUCAUGUUGUUCUUGGUGAUGAUCCAGAAGUUAAACAAGGCAAGCCAUCACCAGAUAUAUUUCUGGCUGCAGCCAAAAGAUUUGAGGGUGGCCCAGUAGAUCCCAAAAAUAUUCUUGUUUUUGAAGAUGCACCAGCUGGAAUUUCUGCAGCUAAGAAUGCUGGGAUGAUCAAACAAUAACCCUUGCAAUGCUUUUUACACUUGGGCUGAAGCAAUAACCCUUACAACUAAAAUAAGAUGAAGCCGCCAUAAAGGCUAAAGCAGCAACCUCUAGAAAAAUAAAGACAACUUGCCAUACCCAUUGUUUACAAUGCCCCUGUCCAAGUCGCAAGUAGAUGAGAGAUUGAACUCAUCCGUGGCCGGCAACUUUUUAAAACUGUGAGGUUGAGCCCAUCUUCAAUCAACUUUGGACCCUUGGCUGCUACUUGUUUUUACCCAAAUUGAUAAAACAUAAGUCUGUGAACCAACUUUCAGAACAAUUUGCUCAAAUCUGGAGAAGGCAUUUAUCUUCCACUUCUCCUAUUUCCUUGAGCAACAGGAGAUUGUUGGUUUAUUUUCGAUUCAAGUUUUCUAGCGGUGCAUCAAAUAGCUGCUUGCUUCUUUGUAAAACCCUAACUUUGGUGAUGUGGGAGCUUGUUUAAGAUUCCUCAAUCAACUCGCUUCAACAGAGAUGUUGUCCGAUGACCAACAAAUCAUGGGCAAGUCUGCUGCUGCUUUAUAAAGUCUUUUUUGCCUUCUCUGGUUGGCCCUUGGCUUGCGACCAACCGCCUACAUCUUGAUGCUGGAGUGCGGUGCUGUGCUGCACCCUUUCAUCUUCUCCAACAAUUGCGAUGGCUGUUCAGGUUUUGUGCUGCAAACCCUUUUGUCUUCCCCAUCAAUCUCCGUUCUGCGACCCUUUGCUUUCUCCGUUGUGACUGUGGUCAGUUAUCCCUUUGAUGGCAACGGUGACGGUUGUGGUUGUGACUGUGGCGAUGGCGGACGAAGUUAAAGGAGAUGACCGGAGAUGGGCAGUGGCCGAAGAUGGCAGAGAACUUAAUCAUCUUCACUGCAUUCAUUACAUUCAUGACUUUUUUCGAUCUGAUGAGGCCUUCCUGGGUAACUUAACUGGCUAUGAAACAUCAGGUUGGAGAGGGACUCUAUGUUCGUCGGGGUGGUGGGGACAAAAUGAGGGGUUGUUGGGGUGGGUGUUGUUUGGGGUUUGAAGGUGUAUACCGAAAAUGUGGGAUGUUUUACCAUGCUCAUCUUUUUAAAGGUAAGGUUGAUAAUAGAGUGAGCUUUUGGUUGGACAGCAUCAGCAUUGAUGGGUGUCCAGUCCUUACCCUUUGAGCUUGCCAGUGAUGAGGAAGUUGAGGUACCUAACUCUUUCUCUUCCUUACUGGUAAGCCUGCAUAGACUGUUCAAUUUAGGAGGAAUUUGCAGGAUUAAGAGUUGGGUUCAAGGGCUACUCCUUUUUCCUUGUUACACAAUGUUAUGGAGAAAAGAGACUGUUUUUGUGCCACAAUGGCAGCAAAAAUUUUACGACAGAAAAGAAUAAAUGCUUAUGCUUAAACCAUUUGAACGAGGAUAAAGCCAUGGGAACUGAAGGAUUUUCAUUGUUCAUCGUGGAGUAUAAAAUAAUAAUUUAGGCCCAUCUAGUUGUGUCUAGUCUUGCAAUCAACUUAGCUUUCAUGACUAUUAAGCGGUCAGAUGACCGUGCAAGCUUGGCACUUUUUAAUGAUAAAUUCAGUAAAUUUACCCUUUUCCAAACAAAAACUCAUCCCCCAAGAUGAUCAAACUCCCUUCUAUUGCACGAGGGAUUACUUAGAGACGGAAUUUUUCCUUGAUUGCUUGUGUGAUGCAACAAACUUGGCUAUUUUUCUGGAUACUUCCACAUCUAUUUUUGCACACUACCAACUUCAGUUUCUUUCACAUAUGGAGAAGUUUCCGGUAGUGGGGUUGAAUGUCAUCCAACAGUCCUCUUGAGCUAUUAUAUUUUUCUCACUGGCUUACAAGCUUCAAUACAAUAGCUGGUGGUAUGUUAAGUUGCUUGAUGAUCAUUAAUUGACCUCCUUUUAUUGAUGCCCCACAUUGUCCUUGUUGAUCUGUAUCAAUAUUGUCAAUUUGAUACAAUUCCAUUCACAGUGUAGAACAUUCUUGAGUGAGAACGGCUGAAGCUGCAUGUAGUUAAUUGAGAAUAUUUCAGAUGGAACCUCCUCCAAUCUGAUUAUUGUUUACCUGUGGGAUGAUCUCAUGCUUUUUCCUUUUCUUUUCUUGUUGUUCUUUGCGUUUGAUGCUUGAAUAAUGUUGUUUUUUGGAGAUAAACAUGCAUUUUCUAUUCAAAACCAUUCUUCUUGAUUCCUGAUUAUGAACUUAUCCUCUUUAAGUUCUUGUUUUUGCUAAUUCUUUUGUCACACGUAC